AUGUCACUAAUCCGUACAACUUGCACUUGCACCUUAUUUUUCCCUUCCACGUUUGGCAUAUAUCGCUGGCCUUCUUGUAUUCCUCCGUCCGUUCGUCUUGUGUACAUAUUUUUUGUCUAUCCUUACUACGCCUCACCACUUCGCAGGCUUCCGGGGCCCAAGGACCACCAUUUUCUCAUAGGACAUCAGCUGAACCAGUUCCGUUCCGGGUCUCCCGAGGAGCCCUACAAGAGUUGGAUGAACCAAUGGCCACACGAGCCAUUCAUACGUUAUUUUGAGGUUGGAAACGCGGAUGCUGUCCUCAUCAAUAGCCUCGAGCCAUACAGAGAGGUGUUGCAUACUAAAUGUUACUCCUUCGUACGGACGAAGCCAUUUCGUCGCUUGAUAGGAGAUAUCAUUGGUGUCGGCCUUGUCUUUGCCGAAGGCACUGAACACAUAGCACAGCGAAAAGCGCUCGGCGGUGAGAAUCCUCCUAUCCUAUGCCCUAGUUCAAAAUCUAACGGCCCCAGGGUUGCAUAUCUUCCCAUCUUCAGUGACAAGGCACAGAGACUAGCCAACGAGAUUGGAAGUCUUUGCUCUGCCAACGGAGGACUGGUUGAAAGUAUGUAUACCGAAUCCGAAGGGCAUUCAUGUUUCUAUACUCUUAAGAUCACCCUGGACGUCAUCGGCAUAUUUUGCCUAGGGAUCGACUUGGCAAAUUUGGAGGGAAAGACCGAGUUCUUGACCUGCUACCAGAAAAUGUUUGAUCUCUCGCCACUUGGAAUGACACUUGCCGCCGUGAACCUCGUUUUGCCGAUUCGCUGGCUUCCCUUCCCUGAGAACAUUGCAUUUCUCUCAGCAAGUGCACGGCUGCGGGCGAUACUGACAGACAUGGUUGAGGAACGCAUCCAAAAGUUGGCGGAAUUCCGACAGUCCAGCAACAGGACGGAUCUCCUCACGUACAUGAUUGAGGAAAAAUACAACUCAAAAAAGGAUGCGUGGUCCAAGGAAGAUCUGGUAGAGCAGGUGCUCAAUGUCAUGGCUACAGGACACGAGACCACGGCGAGCGCACUCACUUGGGCAACACUUGCACUUAGCCAGAAUCCACACGUCGUAGAAAAACUGCGCGCGGAGGCAGAGCCGCUGUAUCAGCGCGACUCGUCACUUGACUUUGCUGACAUCGAGCACUUACACUACUUGGACUACUUCCUGCGCGAGGUCGUGCGAGUCUAUUGUCCCGUUUCCGGAAUUCCACGAGAGGCCAUUGAAGAUGUCGUUAUUGCCGGCCAGCUUAUUCCCAAAGGCACCAUCGUGAUGCCCGUUCCCGCUGUUAUCCAACAUAACCCUUCCAUAUGGGGCGAAGAUGCCAGUCAGUUUGAUCCUGACCGCUGGGGCCGGAUCUCUGGUGGUGCCAGCGAAAACACGUAUGCCUGGGCAGCUUUCGGUCAUGGUCCACGCUCGUGCAUAGGCAAGGCUUUCGCAAUGCUCAACUUCAAGACGGUAAUCCUGGCAUUGGUAACCCAGUACAACAUUGAGCCUCUCAGGAAUGAUAAGGUUGAAGUGGUCAACCCAUCAGGUCAGCUACGACCUAGGGAAGGCCUAUGGAUGCGAAUUUCAAAGGCCAAUUAA